AUGAACAACAACAACCAGAACGUCAUCCAGAACAAAACCAGUAACUUGUUUGCAGGAUAUCUGCUGAACCAGGACUUGCAACAAAAACUGCAACAGCAACAGUUCUUUCCACACAAUUAUCAAACACAGCAACAACUCAAGGCGAUUCAGUUUCAGCAGUACCAACAGGUUCAAAAGUUGCACCAAAAACAGCAUAGCAAUCAAAUCCAAAAGCUUCAGCAACAGCAACAGCAAAAUCCACUGCCACUUUUGGGUAAUGCCAACCAAUUCACUCAAAAUUUCAAUAACAUCAACCCUUUUGCAAACAACAGCAAUGCUAACAUCAAUUUGGUGUCUAAUUCGAUUAGUUCUCAUACCCCAAUUCAGAAAUCACCUAUUCAUCAGACUUCCAGCUUCAGUCCAAUUAAUAACAAUUCUGACACUUCUACUCAGCAAAAUCUCAAGUUCCAAAAUACUCAGCUGAAAAUUCAGCGCAAUUUUAGCUCUUCCAGUAUUAAUGUUAACACUGGUACUGUAAGCAGUGACAAUAAUACCAAUAAUACCAACAACACCAAUAAUAUCAAUAAUGUCAAUAAACCCGAUCAAAUAAAUAACAAUACUAAUACUAAUACCAAUACCAGUACUAGUAAUACUAGUAAUAGUAAUGGUAAUACUAGUAAUAGUAAUGGUAAUACUAGUAAUGAUACCAGUAAUAAACCUGAUAAUUUCAAUCCCAUUAAACAUGCAAUCGAGAGCCUCAAAAAUACUGUUAAUUUUCCAUUGCUCUUAUCUGAAUCCAUUAAUAAUAGAACAAUUCAAAUCCAAAAUUUUUUUAAAGAAAAUUGUUCCAACAAUGAUAAAAUCUUGCAAUUUAACCAGUUUUUAGAAUUGCUAAAUUUAUACUACAUUGUUGACAUUCAUAAAAGACAAAACACUAUAGAUUAUUUAAAUCUUCAGAUUAAAAAUUUAAAUGAUUCAAUCGAACAAAAAGAUAAACUAAUUAACGAAUCUUUUCAAUCUAUUAAUCUGAAUUUAUCUGAUAAUUUUCAAAAAUUGAAUACUCUAUUAACAGACAAUUUGAAAGAUUUCAAUUCAAAAAUUUCUGAUAAUCAAAUUAUUCAAGAGCAUGUCAAUCUUGAUCUAGAUAAUGCAAACAAUACAAAUCCAAAUAUUUCUGAUAAUGUAAAACUAAAAACAGAUAUCCAUAGCCAAACAAAGGAUAUCACAAUGACAAUCAAUCUAAAUAUAAAACAACCAAAUUCUAAUCAACUUCAAACAUCUGAUCCUCAAGAUCAAAUUGGUAAUAUUGCUCAAAUUGAUAAUAUUGCUCAAAAUGAUAAACAAAAUGAUAAACAAGAUGACAAGAAAAAUGACAUUGUACUAAAAAUAAUUGAAAUUUCCUCUCAAAUUGAUAAAGAUCAGAUCCAUAGUUUCGGAAUCAAGAAGGCGACAUUGAAUAUCAAAAAAGAAAACGAUUAUUCUGCACAUAUCGAUAAAUCAAACACCCUUGAUAACACCAUCUCCAGAAAAGAAGCUGUCUCCAGCUACAAUGCUGGUUCAAAAGAUAAGCCAAUCCAAUUGGGUGAAAGCAGUGAAACCGAAGUGAUUGCAACCCAGGAAGCUCAGACAACUCAAACCACUCAAGCCAACCAACCUGAUGAGGAACAUCCUCCAGUAAUGAACCAACAACUCGUGGAGUCUGUGGAGUCUGCCAAAUACUCUGACUACUACUUUGAAAUGAUAUACAAACACAUCAAAGACACACGCGAUGAAGUAAAAUUGUUGCAACAAACUACAGAUAUUUUUCUAAACAUCAUGGUAGACUAUGCUCCCAACCAUUUUAUUCUGCAGAGAAAAGUUUGGAGAGAAUAUAGAGUGUUCUUGUCGAACCUCAACGAUAUCAUCAAAUUGCAGGAAGUAAAGAACGAGACUGCAAAGAAGUCGCCUUUGGUUAUCACCAAAAUCAAGCCCUCGAACUUGAUACAGAGGUUGUUGCAGCACUACAACAACACCAGCACAAGCAAAUACAUCUCGCCAUCGACUGGAACUGAGAGGGGGAUCAUCACCAACGUAGCCUUCAAGAAAAGACUCCCACUGGACUAUUUCAAGGUCAGCAUAAGCAUGUUUUGA